CCACUUGUCAUUCGAGUGCCGCCAAAUGCGGCAACAGCGGCGGCGGCGUCGCCUCUGGUGAUGCAGCCGCCGGCGGAGCUGUCGUCCUUUUCUCCACCUGUCCAUCGAGUCACUCCGAGUCACUUCCUUCCCACUUUUGUCAAUCGAGUGCCGCCAAAUGCGGCAACAGCGGCGGCGGCGUCGCCUCUGGUGAUGCAGCCGCCGGCGGAGCUGUCGUCCUCGUCUCCACCU